UGGUGGUUCGAAGACUUUUGUGGAAUUCAAACAAUUGCAGUAAAAAAAGAUAUGCUUUGGACGCCAGACAUUCUUAUCAAAGAAAGCAUCAAGACAGAGUUUGGAACAAAGCAGUCUCCAUAUGUGCAGUUAAGCUUUUGGGGAAUAUCAGUUUCAGUUGACAUUUUAGCACUGACCACUGCUUGUAAGAUGGACCUGUACAGAUUUCCCUUUGACACCCAAAUCUGCAACAUAACACUUCACUCUGCAGUGUAUACAAAGGAGGAGCUUACCAUUAAUCCAUUCUCUAAUAACAAAAGCCUUUCCCAAGAGUCAAAGGAGUUAUUUCAGGCCCAGGGAGAGUGGGAACUCCUCAGUAUAGAUAUUUCUGAUUAUACAUCCAACUUUCUAUGGAAUUCACAGGAUCUGCUGAUAUAUCAGAUCACCAUCAAGAGGAGACCUCUACUGUAUGUCAUGAACAUUAUCCUACCGGUGUUUGUAUUCCUUGUGCUGGAUGUGAUGUCCUUCUUCAUAGACGCAAGUGGAACAGAAAAGUUGAGCUUUAAAGUAACUUUACUGCUGUCUGUUUCUGUGUUGCUGCUGAUACUCAAUGACACGCUGCCCUCUACAUCUGACAAACUCCCACUGAUUGGGAUUUACUGCAGUGCGAUUUUCAGUCUCAUUGGCAUCAGCAUUCUGGAGACCAUCCUUGUGAAUCUUUUGAAGGCUAAAGGAGCAGAGAAGAGAUCAGUGGAAACAACAGCUGCUAUUACUUGUCAAUAUAGUAAGUGUCUGAUUACAAGGAACAUUUUCCUGUAUCACAAUCAAAUAUAGUGUUUAUCCAGAGCAACGUUUUGUAAUUUCUCUCAUAGAUGUAGAAGACCUGCAGAGCCCUCCAGACUCAGUUAGAGAUCAGGAUGGGAUGCAGAGAUCAAUGUGUUGGACCAGAGUGGCAAGAAUCAUAGAUGUGACAUUCUUGGUUCUUUACAUAAUCACCGUUAUUGUGUUUCUGUCUGUUCUCAAGAGGACUUGGUUUCCAUAGUGAUGUCUUAUACAUGAGAUGGCACACAAUGAAAACAUUAUUUAUUAUUAAUAAAAAACUAUUAUUUAGACAUUAU